AUGGGUGCGGGCGUGUUGAAUAAUGACGCGAAAAGUGGUACAAUAUGGGUGGCGCGCCAUGUACCCCAAAAUCGAGACAUAUUUAUCUCAUGUGCUGGCAAUGGUCAAGUUUCUUUGUGGAAAUAUGAAUAUCCUGAACACAGAUACCAUGUAGACCACCAAGGAGUAUCCAGUGGUGUGCCAGGGAAAUUGAAACGUCUUCAGCGUAUGGUCGUCAGCUCACAACCUAUAAAUGCUUGGGAAUGGAACCGCGACCAUCUUGGAUUAGCCGUCGCUACUGCCUACGACCAGUGUGUUAGAGUUCUAGUGACUACCAAACUUAAUUUGCAAUAGAUUUCGUUAUUAAAGUAACAAUUUAUUAUUGUAUUUGUAAACUUAAAACUUGUCUUUAAGUUAAGAAAGACCGCAAAGAUUACUGCAGACUGUACUUAUUUUUAUUUUUGGAUUACAGUACCUUGUUUCAAGAGAAAUAUAUUUAAGUUUUUAUUUUUGUUACAUUUUUUUUUUAAUUAUUGCAUUUAAGUCUUAGUUGCAGAUUUCCUAAGUUGCAGUAUGCACCUUUGUCAAGUUAAUGUACGUACCUAUUACAUUCAUCAUGAAAGAAUUUUACACACAGGUUUUUUAUUUUCAAUUUUGUGUAUGUGUGUGCGUGUUUAUUCCACAACCGUUAUUACGGUUAUAAUUAUUGCACUUACUUUACUAGUUCAAGUAGCAAUCAAAUGAUUAAUUGCUGCACUCAAUUAAUAAACAAUAAUUGCUUUAUCAAUGUAAAUUAUUUCACUUGUUGGACAAGUUUAUAAUGGCCUAAUGGGGUUAAUUAAUUUGUUUGUAAGAAAUUUCCACACGGAAUUUCCUGCAUCUAGAAGGCAGAGGCAAAAUACAAAUAAAACAAAAUAUAAAUUUUCUAACUAAAAGAGCGAUUUAUUGUUAGCCCUAGUACUUUAGGUACACAUUAUAAAUAAAAUUAAGGCUAGCAUUCAGUUCUUAUGACCACUAAUGUUUUUCAAGUUAAUUGAUCGUCCGCGCCAAACUAAAGUCGUGUCGAGUUCAUGGUAGGUACUGUCAUUAU